GCACCGCCGGUAAGCAGGGAGUCUCCGCGGAGCUCCCGCCGCCGCUCCCCCUUGGCGCGUCCUGCCGCAGCAAGAGGCAUGGAGAAGGCCGCCCCCGCGGGGCGCUGAUCCCCGCGCCGCGCCCGCGCGCACACGCCCCCCGCCGCCGCCGCCGCCGCGCGUCCCCAGUACUUCGCUCCCCGCCCAGGCCCCACCAUGACCGGCUCCGCGGCCGACACUCACCGCUGCCCCCACCCCAAAGGCGCCAAAGGCACCCGGUCCCGGAGCAGCCACGCGCGGCCCGUGAGCCUCGCCACCAGCGGGGGCUCGGAGGAGGAGGACAAAGACGGCGGGGUGCUGUUCCACGUUAACAAGAGCGGCUUCCCCAUCGACAGCCACACCUGGGAGCGCAUGUGGAUGCACGUGGCCAAGGUGCACCCUAAGGGGGGAGAAAUGGUGGGCGCCAUCAGGAACGCCACCUUCUUGGCAAAGCCUUCAAUACCCCAGGUCCCAAACUACAGGCUCUCGAUGACGAUCCCAGACUGGCUCCAGGCGAUCCAGAAUUACAUGAAGACCCUACACUACUUAACCAAUGGACAGCCUUCCAUCGAGCGGUUCCCCAUCAGCUUUAAAACCUACUUCUCAGGAAACUACUUUCAUCACGUUGUGCUGGGGAUUUACUGUAAUGGCCGCUAUGGCUCACUGGGUAUGAGCCGCAGGGCUGAGCUGAUGGACAAGCCAUUGACUUUUCGGACUCUGAGUGACCUCAUCUUUGACUUUGAGGACUCCUACAAGAAAUACCUACACACAGUCAAGAAGGUCAAGAUUGGACUGUACGUCCCCCAUGAGCCUCAUAGCUUCCAGCCCAUUGAGUGGAAGCAGCUGGUCCUCAACGUCUCAAAGAUGCUGAGGGCUGACAUAAGGAAGGAGCUGGAGAAAUAUGCCAGGGACAUGAGAAUGAAGAUCCUGAAACCUGCAAGUGCCCACUCUCCGACCCAAGUGAGAAGCCGGGGAAAAUCCCUGUCCCCCAGAAGAAGACAGGCAAGCCCCCCGAGGAGGCUCGGCAGGCGAGACAAGUCGCCUGCACUGCCUGAAAAGAAGGUGGCUGAUCUAAGCACUCUGAAUGAAGUGGGCUAUCAAAUCCGAAUUUAGCCAAGCCAUACCGGCCAGCAAGAGGGUUUCUGUGGUGCUUCUCUCUGCACUUUACCCAGCAUCUUCAGGAGGAACUGCAACUAUUUAUUAAGAACUUGUGAAUUUUAUUUUUAAGGAUUCACCUGGAAAUAGAAUCUGAGUGGGUGGUAACCAUUAGCUUUAAAAAAUUCACUAAGAGGCACCAUGAAAAUGCUGAAGUAAUAAACCCCACUGGGGUUGGACUAUGUCCCUCACUCAAGAUCUUAAGGAUAACAACCAUAACUGUAGUUUUAUAUUUUUCCAUUUACCUACUUUCUUUCACUUGCUUUGAACAUUAUGCCUCACCAAUAGUAAAUGUUCAUGAAAUAAUCUCUUGAACUUUUGGUAUAGUAAGGUAACUCAAACAGUAUUACUGUCUUUUUCAGCAAUAACAGAAAGCAAAAAUGGGUGGGUUUUUUUUAAGCAGUUAAUAUUACCUCAGCAUUUUGACAUCAGAUAUGCAAACUUAAUGGCGUUUUGUUUUUUUAUAUUCUAUUUAUAUUCUUUCCCCAGUAUUUCCCAUGGGGAUCUCCACAAGCUUGAAGUUUUUUCCUGGUGCACACACAUGAUGAGAUUUAAGGUAUUAUAUGCAAGUGUUUUACUAAAAAGCACUGAAAUUCUUCUGGCAAUACAAGAACCAUUUUCAGGAUCUUGGAGUUACUUCCUUCUUAAUCUUUCUUAAAGCAUUCACUGAUGUUUUUUCAAAAUGAAACAAAAAUAUCACAUUGAGAAGCUAGUCUAUGUUCUGUCACUAACAUUUAAACUUUGCAGACUCUAGCAAAAAGCACAAGAGGUCAUGUACUAUUACACAAAUUUAGCAGUACUGGAUUACCUCUGGACACUAACACACUCAGGCAAAGAAACCAGGAGUGAUGAUCAGGUCUUCAGAACCAAAAAACCUUUCUAUUCACAUUUCAUCUGAUUUUUAAACUGAAGCAGGCUUUGAUUCUUCUGAAGGACGCAAAGAAUCUUAAAAACUAAGGGAGGACUCACUGUUGUUAAAGAUGUGUUCUGAUGUCUUAUAUUAAGACCAAAUGUGACAUAAUGUGAUUAUCUUCCAGUACUUUGCUUUUACCUACCACUUCAUGACAUUUUAGGAAUGAGUAUUGGAAAAUAUAACGAAUUAGAAAAGCAGUACUUUUUUUUUUUAAUGGAGAAGUCUUCGGUCCAGUGUUACACCUUAUAGUGUGAUUCAGUCCCUAAGCACGGAAUGAAUGUCUGGCCUGCAUAUGGUAGUUACAGUGUAACCUCUGGCUGCAGACCACAGAGGACAACCCUAACAGCAUAGUCUUGUAUGGUAUAAAUAUCAAGAGUACAGCUUCGAUUUCAUUUGCUUUAUCUUAGCAACAAUGCCAACUCAGGAGACCAGACGGCCGAUUUCAGUGAAGUCUGGUAGUCAACAGAUGUUAUUUCAGUCUCAGUGCAUGUCUUCUGGCUUUCUUUGACUGAAGGUGUCUAUAGGAAGGAAGUUAAAAAAAUAUAUCCUCAUUGAGAUUCUUUACCAAUUCUUUACAAGAUUUCUGGGGGUGACAGGGAAAGCAAAAGGACUUCAUCCUUUAGCUAUGUGCACAAGAGCUUACUUUACCCUAAAAAUCAGUAUUAUUAAUGAAAAGUACUGUUUUCUUAAAAAAAGAAGUCUAAUGUCAUGUAGAUGAACAAGACCAAGGAUACAUCUCCAUUAGAUUAAAAUGUAGCACAGGGUUAAAAAUUCUCAGUUUAAUCUCUUUAAGAACAGUAUUAUCAGAGUUUAAAAUGAGUUAUCUCUGUCUAUCUUCACACAGCAAACCCAUUUGCAGCCUCUUGGUCACAUGUAUUCAGAUGUUUGAAAUAGUGAAUCAUUUCAUUUUCAUUCUAAAACAAUACUGACUUAAACAUAUACCUUCUGUUUGUCAAUCUGAAACUUGCUUACAUCUAGUAAGUGCACCUCUUAUAACACUGCAUCCAUUCUAAGAGUUGGAAUUUAUUUUUGCCCAAGUAUUAAGUACUGUUACAUCUAAAAUACAGAAUGUCAAAUGGUUGCAUAGCUUGUUUCCCACAACAAGGAGGAAAAGAAUAGGAAUACAAACUCUGUAAUAUGCUGAUACAGAAGCCUUAGAACUGCCAACUGGUUUGAUGGUUCAAUUAGUAAGCUAAUUUCUCCCACACCCGCUCCCGCCCCAAAGCAAGGUUUAGUCACACAAACAUGAAAGUACAUUUAAAAUGUCCUUAGUUGUCAUCCUACUUUUAUUGCCUAUGGAAUAUGCUAAUUUCUUAAAAAAAAAAAAUGGGAAAUGCACCAAACCCCUAAAUUCUAGUGCAAUAAUUUAAUAAAAAAA